CGCUGCGUCCAAAACAAUAAAAGUCUUCUACGGGUUUUGUUUAUGCUGCAAAAAUGACGAUUUUGUACAAAGUUGAGGGCAAAGAGUUCAGCAAGGACAGUGUUUUCCCGCACAAAAUGGUCCUCUGCUCCGUGUCGGCUCGGAAUAUUGUGGCGUUCAGCGCCCUGCAGAGCGCCAUAGUUCCGUCGGCCCACGGAGUAGAUGCCGGCGAUGGAUCCUUGCCGGGAGCGGGUUUGCCCGUGGGUGCCAGCAACAGCCAUGUGUACGUGUGCGACAUUGUGACGCCCUGGGAAUACUACAAGGUGUGCUCCUCCAAGUCGCUGAUCAGUGUGCUCCAGUGGAGUCCCAACGGAGAGCAACUGCUGCUUGGCUUCGUCGGCGGGCGCGUGGAGAUCUGGCAGACGAGGAACCAGUCCAUCAACCUGUGGCUGCUGCAGUAUCACGCCACCGUGCCCAGCGAGGACAUCGUCCAGGCGCUAUUCUUCCACAACGGCAAGGGGGUGGUCUUUAAUCCCCAGAAAAAAGAUCAUACCUACUAUGCCGAAAAGUUUGAGCGGCUGGAGCAGCAGAAGCCCACUCUCAGCGGAUUUGGUGGAGUGCCCAGCGAGGGGUGCAUGCUGCUCACCUCCUCUGGACUUCUGGCCGCAUUUUGCCUGCCAGUGCUGCAGAAAACAUCAGCCAGCGGGGGAGGAGCAGAAGGCCCCGCCCAUGAGAUCGUCGAACUGACGCCCACGCUUCACAGCAUCGGCAUCUCGCGCAGCUUCAUUGAGCACUGCAGCAUGACGCCGAGUCCAUCGGGAGCCCUUAGUGUUGCCUUCAGCUGCGGCUGGCAGCAGCAGUUGGUGCAGUGCUUCAGGGUUUCACUGUCCCUGGAAGGUGAACUGGGUCUGGAGCAGCAUCUGGCCAUCAAGUCGGAGUCACAGGCCAGUAUUUUCUUGGGCCCUCUCGAUGGACGACGGAUCAGUCACCUGAAAUGGACGCGAGUAGCCAGCGAAGAUGUGAUCUUCAUAGCCUACGCCUGUCCGGACGGUUCUGGCAGCCAACUGGAGCAAUGGACGCUGACACGCAGGCAUCAGAGUGUCCACGCCCUGCUGCAGGGCGCCAAUAGCAAGCCCAACGAGUUCGUGCAGUCCGAAAGCUGGGAGCAGGUGGGCAAAGUGCAGCUUAGUGCAUCUUUGGCUGAUAUAAGCGUAACCCGUCUAUCGGUUUCCGCACCGGACUGCUGCCAGGUGUAUGCCAUUCUUCAGGACAACAGCGUCCAGGUUCUGGAGCCCAAUUCGCUGAAGCAACUUAAUCACACCCAGUUCGAGAAGUUAUCGGACGCCAGUGGAGGAGUGAAGUUUGUUAGCGGCGACUUGACGCCCACCAGCCAAAUGCUCCUGAUCUUCGACAGCCACGCGCAGUUGCACGCCAUGCAGGCUCCCCUUCUUAAGCAAUCAGGUUCCAGUUUGCUUUUGCUCGAAUAUUGCAUCGUCACGGGCUGCGAUGCCAGUGAUGUGCUCCUCCUCAAUCUGGGAAACUUGGAGGUCCUGGUUGAGAAGCUAACGGACAACUUUACGCGGCAACCUUCGUAUGUGCGGCACUAUUACUAUGCUAAUUUUCUGGCCCUUAAAUCCAAUCUGUGCCGCGUGCAACAGCAGGAGUUCGACAAUCUGAUCAUUCUGCACGCCAUAUCCACCACAUUCAAGAGCCUUUUGCGGCCCUCCGAUCUGGGCUUCCAGGAUAAAGGACCUGCCGACAACUUGGCCAUGAAACUGGCCGAAUCUAUACCGGAUGUGGACACCGUUAUGCUGAACCUGGAUGCCAAGGACUUUACCGUGGAGCCAGUUAUGCUCCAGAGCCUUCAGCAGCUAAUUCAGUGGGUCACCGACCUAGCGCUCAACAUGUUGCACCGCCUGCCCGAGGAGGUAAUGAAGAGCAAGCUCUCUGGGAAGCGGCCAAGCUAUGAUAUCAGCAGGGACAUCGUUGCGAUUGGCACUCUUCGCGAACUCCUGGUCAUGAUCCGCAUCUGGGGUCUGCUGAACACCCAGUGCCUGCCCGUUUACACCAAAACCAUGGAUAACAUUGAUGUACUGGUGAUCCUGUUUCGUUUGCUGACCCGCUUGGCCCAAAAUCCCGCCGAGCCGGACGAAAUGCUGCUGGACGAGUGCAGUCUGCUGUCCAAGCAACUGCUAAUUCCCCGGCCCACGAAGUUUAGCCCCACCACGCUGCUCAGUGCCCAGGGAUUCGCAGCCGUCAAGUCGGGGCACCUGCAGUUCACUUCGCUGGUGGAGCCAUCUUGCCUGCAGGACAUGGAAACGGAGGAGGUGGUCUUCGCGCGAUCGGUAAAAGAUGGUGUGAGCAAUCUUCAGCUGGGCGCCCGACCCAGCACCAUCCGCCGGUGCGCCCGCUGCGGAUUCGUCUUCGUCAACAACGCCAGCAAAGUGGCCAAGACCUCCGCGCUGAAAGCGUGGUUCAGCAAGUGGCUUCACUGUCACUGCGGCGGCUUUUGGAAGCAGAUCCACUAGGUUUAAAUGUGUUGUGUUUCUAGCGGCAGUAUAUUUAGUCUUAAGUGUAAUCCUAGCUUGCAAUAAAAUUUAAAAGAAACUACAA